AUGGAGUCACCUCUGAGCCUGUUUGAUGUUCCUGCAGAGAAGUUGGAUGCCUUCAUAGCCCAUGAACUCCUCCCUACCAAAGAGUUCAAAGAAGGGGUUCAUGAUGUCUUCCAGGAGAUACAGAGACUCUUUCACGGUUGGUAUUUGAAGGCUCCAGAGGCCAGGGUGCUGAAGGUGAUAAAGGCAGGGUCUGUGAUGGAUGGAACCAUGCUUAAUUACAAAAAAGAAGUCCAGGUUGUUGUAUUCCUUGACUACUACAGCCCCAGAACAGAGGCUUCCUUACACCUUGACACAUUGAUGCUGAUGAAGAAGAGUCUUCUGGACCACUGCUGGAAUGACCUAGACUACAGCAUCAGUGAAAUAUAUGUGGACCCUGAAGUCCCUAGCUCACUCAUCUUUACAAUUCAAUCCACAAUGACAUCAGAGCCUAUCGAUGUGGUCAUCCUGACUGCCUACAAUGCCCUGGAAUCCUCGCAUCGCACUCGUCCAUCCGAGAUCUAUGUGGACCUGAUUAGAACUGAUGGCCUCCCUGGACAAUUCUCACCAUACUUCAUACAACUUCGGAAAAGUUUUAUGAGAUGUCUUCCCGUUAAGCUGAAAAACCUCCUGAGGCUGCUGAAGCAUUGGUACCUGCAGCACCUGAAAUUCAGCUGCCCCAAAGCUUCUCUACCUCCAAUGUAUGCCCUGGAACUACUGACCAUCUAUGCCUGGGAGACAGGGACCCAUCAAGCAAAAAAUUUCAAAAUGGCUAGAGGCUUCGUGAGUGUUCUAGAGUUUCUCCGGGACCACAAAGAUAUCUGCAUCUACUGGACCAAAUACUACAGUCUCCAGAAGCAGGUCAUAAGGGACUUUGUGAAGGAGCAGCUGGAGAGGAAAAGACCGGUCAUCUUGGACCCAGUGGAUCCCACACACAAUGUAGGAGAGGGAAAGCGAUGGGACCUGGUAGCCCAGAGAGCUGCCCAGUGCCUGAAACACAUAUGUUGUUUUGACAAAUAUAACCGCCCAAUCAAAGCCUGGCGUAUGGAGAAAGUAAGAUCUAUCCAAGUGACUGUGAAAAAACAGAAAGGAGAGCACCUGACCAUCUGGGUAGAUCCCUUUUCCCGCAUCCAGCAAAUGAAGAAGCAGCCAAAGCUGGCCCCCCUCUUCUACCACCAGCAGUAUCUGUUCUACCAGGAGGAGCUUGGCAGCUGUCAGCACAUACUUCGGUGCCACUGCUCCUUAGCAGAUUAUGGGAUCUUCUCUGAUGUCAGCAUCUUCCUAUCAGAAAGAGUCAACUUAGAGAUCCAUUUCCAUGUGAAGCUCCCCAGAUGCAGGAUCCUUGAUGAUUAUGUCAUGCAGUCCAAUGACAUCAUAAGGAAACUUAAAUGUAUGAUUGAAGAGAAAAGAGGGUUAUUCCUGGGAGAGUAUAUUCUGAUGUUCCAGGGACAGAAGCUGAAGAUGAAUUUCUCCCUUGGGUAUUAUGACAUACAGGAGGGUGACAUCCUUGUUCUCUCAGAGAGAGAACACUUGUAAUCCCUCCCCAGAAAAGAGCAAGGGAAACAUGUGGGAUUUUUCUUUUAAACUUUCCCAAUGAUUAGGGAGGGGAAGGAGAGAGGGAUAUAAUUUGGAACUCAAAACUUAAGAAGAAGAAGAAAUUUAAGAAUUGUUUUU